ACGCUCCCUAACAACAUGGCUGCUGCGGUACAGUGUCCGACCAGAAGUACGUUUGCACUCGAGGGAAAAUCAUCAAUUUAAGGAGGAUUUUAAUAACAAAGACGUGAAUUUUACCAAAGACCUCCACAUGAACAUUGUGAAGACACACCUGAGCUACAGUUAAACCUCAACGCCCACAGCCCAGAAACCCUCGGCUCCCUGCUUCCCUGUGCUGGACCCUGUAGGUGUUGGCGUGCCUUCUGUCACACUGGCAGAGGAGGUGGGGCGGGAGGUGUUGCCAGGCUGGGGACCAAGGCUACACCCACCUGCCUUCUCCAUCUUCCUCCGUCCAAACUCGACCCACGUGAGCUGCAGUUUCUUCAGGCAGCUGGCUGAGAGGGAUCCAGCCGAGGGCCUCAAGUGUGUGCUGACCAGAUUUGGACAUUGCAGAGCGGCAGUGACAGGGCUCUGCCAGGCGGCGUUGGCUGGUUAAGGAGCAGAGCAUGUGGAGAGGUUGCAGUUGCCAUGCAGCAGCAGGAUAAGAAGCAGGAGGAGAAUGCUGUGGCACUGGGUCUGUCGACAGGUCAGGCUCUGGCCAAGCUGCGGGACCAGCUCAACAGCCUGCUGGAGCAGCACCAGAGGACUGGACGCCGACGAGCCUCUGCACAGGAACAGUGGCUAAAUAGCUUUCUUUACCAUGGCAACCGGCACUCCUGUCUCCAUUGGCCGGGAGCUGCCCUCACUCUUCUGGUGGUGCUGGGACUCUUCUGUUGCCAUGGCAGCCAGCCAAAGGGCAGUUCUGGUAUCGAGCUGGUGAACGCUGCAGCCCUCCUGCUCCUCUUCCUGCUCAACCUGCUGCUGGUCGGACGUCAGGAGAGGCUGAAGAGGAGCGAGAUGGUCCGGCGCCUGAAGGCAAUCAUCGCACAGCUCGGUGACUAUCUGACUGGCUGUGUGGGUGAAGCACGGUGGUCUCCGUCUCUGUACCCUGAUCUGUACACACCAACAUCGCCAUCAUGGUCGCUUCACUGGACCUACAGAGACUCCCAGCUGGUCAACCUGCCAGUCAGUCUGCUGGUGGAGGGAGACAUCAUCGCUCUGAGGCCUGGACAAGAGGCGUUUGCAUCCCUCAGAGGCAUCAAGGAUGAUGAGCACAUCGUGUUGGAGCCAGGAGAUUUAUUCCCCCCAUUCUCCCCUCCUCCUUCCCCACGAGCCAAUGAUAAGAGGUCACCACAGAGCCCCCAGCAGCACCGGCUCUUCAGAGUGGUCCGGACCCCGGUACUGGACAUAGUCAGGAACGGUUUGGAGUUGGCGUUAGCUCGACCAAUCACAGUGCUGGAUAAUGAGAGGUUUACAGUGCAGUCUGUGAUCACUAAGCUUGUCUGUCCCGUCGUGCUGGUGGCGUUCCUGCUAGUGAACACUGUCCGCUUUUUUUGUGACGCUCCCAGCCUCACCCCAGCCUGCUUCAAUUUCUUUCAACUUCAGGUGAUGGGUGUUCUGCCCGUCUUGCCCCUUCUCUUCCCCGUCAUGUGGGUGCUGCUGAACGCCUUUGGAGAGGCGAGGGUCCUGGCUGAGUUCAGCCGAGCAUCACCAGCUGGUCUGCUUGCUAAGUUCUCUGAGGACACUCUAAGCAGCUACACCGAAGUGGUUUCCUCCCAGUCGACACAUCUUGACCGACCACCUCUGGAUGAGAUGCUGCGUUGUGUGUGGAGACACCUGGUGGGCGUCCUGAAGGGAGAGUCUCAGACACUCUCUUACACCUCCAGCCUUUUACACACUCUGGGAUCUGUUACUGUGCUGUGUUGUGUGGACAAGCAGGGGAUCCUGUCCUGGCCAAACCCCAGUCCAGAGACCGUUUUGUUCUUCAGCGGACGCGUGGAGCCGCCUCACAACAGCCAGGACGACCUCAGAGACGAUCUGUCUGUAAACUCCUACUGCAGGAUGGAGACGGAUGACGACAGGGACGAGGCCCAGGAGGGGGAGGCUCUGCUCUUUCUACCCUCGGAGUCUAUCCCCCAGCUGGGGGAGGGGCCAGAGCCAAAUGAGACAUCACAUGACAUCAACCCAUCGUCUGACAAUCUCCGUCUAGUGCGACCCAGCCAGCCUGCACACACUCGCACCAAACACCACUCUGGAUCCAAUGUGAGCUUCAGCCGUGACACCGAGGGAGGAGAGGAUGACCCCACACAGGACUGUGCCGUGGGCUGCCCUGAGGCCGAGGCCGAUGACUUUGUGUGUGACUACCACCUUGAAAUGCUGAGUCUGUCUCAGGACCAGCAGAACCCAAACAGCAUCCAGUUUGACGACCUCUCCUGGCAGUGCCACCUGCCCUCUCUGAAGCCGCUGGGCCUCAACAUCAUGCUUAACCUUUGCAAUGCCAGCGUCACGCAGCAGCUCUGUCGCUUCUCCGACCACCUGUCCAACCUGGCUCUGCAGGAGAGCCACGGCUCUGUGCUGCCGGUCUGCGUCCCCUGGGGGCUCUGUGAGCUCUCAAGGCUCAUAGGGUUCACUCCUGGUGCGAGGGAGCUGUUCAAACAGGAGAACCACUUGGCUCUCUACCAGCUGCCGUCUGGAGAGAAAACAAAGGAGUUCACCUCACGCCGUCUUCACUACUUCACCAAACGCCAGCCUCCCAUCUCUCACCUUAUCUCCCUGUUUGUACGAGACUCUUCCUCCAAUAACGUCCAGAUGCUGUCUCAUGGCUCGGCCGACCUCAUCCUGGAGUCCUGCACUGAUUUCUGGGAUGGAACUGAUAUCUAUCCCCUCUCAGGCUCAGACAGGAAGAAGGUUCUGGAUUUCUACCAGCGUGCCUGUCUGUCAGGUUACUGCUCAGCCUUUGCCUACAAGCCCAUGCAGGUAUCUUUGUCCAACCAGCUGGAUGGGAAGUGUGUGGAGCUGGCUCCUGGUCCCUUCCUCUUCUCUGGAGUGGAGCUGCCCUCCACCACCCCCAUCAAACACAACUCCUGCAGGAACAGCUGGAGCUCCGACGAGGGCAUCGGUGAAGGUGUGGAGCGUGAGGACUGCGUUCAGGCCCUCAGCGGGCAGAUCUUCAUGGGGAUGGUGUCGUCCCAGUUCCAGGCGAGGCUGGACACAGUCCGUCUCAUCGAUGCCCUAGUCACUGCUUGUAUCCGCUUUGUUUACUUCUCCAUGGAGGAUGAACUCCGCAGCAAGGUUUUUGCAGAGAAGAUGGGUUUGGAGACAGGCUGGAACUGUCACAUCUCUUUGACUCCAAACGGAGACAGUCCCUGUGAUGGAGCGCCGUCCAGCCCCAGUCAGGGCUCCCUGCAUGAAGACCUGAACCAAGAUUCUCGGGAUGAAGCAGAAGGUCCGCUGCUGCCCGAGGAGGAGGCUCACUCUGACCUCGCCAGUUUCCAGCCCACAGACAGCGACGUGCCCAGCUUUCUGGAGGAUUGUAACAGGGCCAAACUACCUCGUGGUAUCCACCAGGUUCGUCCUCAUUUGAAGAACAUUGAUAAUGUGCCUCUUUUGGUGCCACUCUUCACGGACUGCACCCCCGACACCAUGUGUGAGAUGAUGAAGAUCAUGCAGGAGAACAGGGAGGUCACAUGCUGUCUGGGGAGCUCUGCCAAUUUCCGCAACAGCCGCCUGUUUCUGCAGAGCGACGUCAGCAUCGCUCUGGACCCUCUGUACCCGUCUCAGUGUUCGUGGGAGACGUUCGGUUACGCCACCGGGGGAGGAUUUAACGGUGAGGUCGAAGGUCUGACUCCUCUGAGGCUCUCCGGUCAGCUCAACAGUCUGGGCUGUUCUGUCACCCUUCACCAAGGAGAGAGCGUCAGCAUGGUCAAGCUCAUAGAGCAGGCACGGCACACAACCUACGGCAUUCGUAAGUGCUUCCUUUUCCUGCUGCAGUGUCAGCUCAGUCUGGUCAUCAUCCAGUUUUUAGCCUGCCUCGUUCAGCUUCCUCCUCCUUUGAACACCACGGACAUCCUGUGGCUGUCCUGCUUCAGCUGCCCACUGCUGAGUGUGUCACUUCUGGGGAAGCCGUCGGACAGUUCAGUCAUGACGGUCGCCACGGGGAAGAACCUCGAUGCAAUUCCAAGGAAGACCCAGAACUACUUCCUCGGCUGUUUCCUGUUGAAGUUCGGCCUGACGGUGUGUGCCUACCUGUUGGCCUUUGGGUUCACUCUGCAGGAGGUGUGCCUCAGAAGCAGCAACCUCACCCUCGCUGACAACACUACUGCCAACUGCCUUCAUAUUCUCACAGAGAGUUCUUCAGAGACAGCUCCUCAGUGGUUCCACGAGCUGUCAAACGGUCUGCUUCUCACCCAGAAGGUGAUGGCAGGAUUCCUCGCCUUACACACAGUGGUGAUCUCACUCAGCUACGUGCACCGCUCUCAGCCUCUGUGGAGAAAGAAUCCCUUCAGCAACACCUGGUGGUCUCUCACUGUACCUGUGGUUCUGCUCUCCCAGGUCGUCCAGGCCACGGUGGAUUACCAGUUAUGGCGCAACAGGAAUGGCUCCCUCGAUUUUAACCUGAGUGACAUCCCCCUGCCGGCCUGGCUGCUGGUCUCUGUGUCCCCGCUGGUGGUGGUGGUGGUCAAUGAAGUGGUGAAGCUACACGAGAUACGAGUGCGAGUUCGCUACCAGAAGAGACAGAAGCUGCAGUUUGAAACGAAGCUGGGGAUGAACUCUCCGUUCUGAUGGGUGCGAGCCCACGCUGGUGAAAAGUACUCUCAGUGAGCUCUGGAAACCCGGGAGACGCAGAGCCCUCGUGUUAUCUCUUAAACCCAACAGCAGCGCGGCCAUCGAGUGGAGCAGAAAUCAUGAGAGUGUGACGGCCGGGGAUUUAUGACACGGAGGUUAAAAACUCCUACGUCAAAAUGAAGGGCAGGAAAAAAAAAAGAGACUUCCAAAGCAUUCAUUUCCAUUGAACAGAAAAGAGCCAAAAAAAGGCAACUAUUUAUUGUCCUGGUUUUAGUUUUAAAGGCAUGAGGAAUGUUUCCUGAAGCGGUUCGUGCUUCAUCACUUUUACGUCUGUUCUCCGUUUCUUCACUCUGACAGGAUGUGAAGAUCUUUUUAUUUCAUCUUCUGAGACACACUGAACUAUGUCGUAUGAUUUCGACCAGCGCAGCACUUAUUCAGUUUCACAUCCAGUGUCGGCCCGCCUGCUGUGGCAGUGAAGACAGGGGAGUCUGUAACCGUGGAGCUGCAAAGUGUUCGACAUGAAAUAACCAACUUCAAGAUAAUAAAUCACAUGAAUACAUCACGUCAAAUACAUACGUGUAAGGAGAAGCUGUGAAAGUGACUGUGGUGUUGUCAACAGUCGGCCUUUUCUCAUCCUCCUGCCAAUCACAUUCUCCCUGCCUCUUACAAUAUGAUCUCAUCAUCUGCAGCUAGCCUGUUAGCUAACGUUAGCUAAGCACAAAAACAUCAAGUUAUCAGCCCUAAAGAAGCUGAUGUUGUUUAUUACCACAGCACACAGAAACAAAUUUUAUAUUUAUUCCUCUUUUUAAAGGAGGUGUUCACACAUCAAACCAUCUCAUGAAGCACUGAAGGUGCAGAGGGCAUCAAACUAUAUCAUUCAGAAGAAGAAAUCCUGCACACGACUCCUGCUCGGCUUUUCCAAAUUUAUUUGAAAUCAGAUCGUGUCUGUCCCUCAAUUUUGUCAAGUGUUUUUAAUAAUAACGCUUACUCAACACCUUUCUGGCCAACAAGGGGUACAAGUAGGGGUUAAACGUUGUGGUUCUUUACUGUACAGGAGGGUUAACAGGACAGUGUUGAGAGGAGCGGCUAACUUAGUGCUAACUUUCUUGGAAGCUAUUUUGUCGAGGGAGAAUCGACAUUUAUGGGCGUGGCACUGAUCUGAAAGUUAAACUGAGAGCACUGCGACUUUGGCUUUGGACACGAAGCGCUGUAAACACUGAACUGCUUUGGUUUUGUGUUAGAAAUGGCAGACGAGGGCUGUAAAACUGUAAGGAUGUUACGACCCCACAAGAGGACAUUUCUAUACUGACGAUAAAAAGAAUUCCCAUAGAAACUCAAAUUUGACAGCAUAGACAAAAAGAAAAGUCAGCUGAGUUUAGAUUUACUUUUUGAAGAUAUCAACGAUUCCCUUCAUGUGUUUAUGUGUCAUAACUGUAUUCAUGUGAUUCACUUCUUCUUCACACUGCUUUUAUUGAACACACUGCGGCUCUACAUGAGACUUGAAUUCUCCAGAAUAGGAUGAAACACUACCUCUGAAAAAAAGUAAUGAAGACGUUCCUGUCCGCUCUCUUUCACCCUCCUGUUGUUGUUGAGCCACAUUUUCAUCUUCACGGUGGUCACCUGUUAGACAUACUUUUGUGUUAUUGUACGAUAUUUAGCGACAGGUGUUCUCUUUGUUGCUCCGUGCCGAGGUCAGACCUGCUGUAACACAACGAGGAUUCAGUGGAACUAGUUGUGUUUUCUCCUCAUGUGACUCGACACUGUAUAUUUGACAUCAGUCGAACUGAAGAAUGUGCCAGCAUGCUACAUGAACUCACACAGCCAGUUGUGCAGCGAUCAGAGCGAGUCCGUCUGAAGCGAUGGGCGUUCUGAAUAUGCGAUCCUGUUUUUCAUCGGUGUGCUGACACACCUGAGACUUCUGAAAGGUGCUUCAUAUCAUUCAGUUGCCUUCUUCCUCUUCUUCCUGUCUGCCUGUGUCAGCUCUCACACUGCAGCAGACAGGAGCUCAGGAUACUGGUUAUUUUUUUAUUAGUAGAGAUUUCUUUUGUAAAUUACCCCAGACUUUAUAUUUGACCUGCUGACCAGCAUGUUCCCGAGAUUCAGAUUCCUCCAUAAAUCUGUCUCCUGCAGUUCAUGUGCAGCAUCAGAGGUCUGCAUCUCUUUUGUUUUCAAUCAAACCAGCCUUCUGUGUGGUGCCGUCGGUAUUUCACAUGCACGUGAUGUUUCCUAUGUUUACUGUAUACAGCGGGGACGGUGGCAUUAGCUGGUUAUUCACACUUUAGAGCUUUUACGUCAACAAAUAUAAAACAGUCAAAGUCAGCCACGAGAUCCAACUGCCAAGUGAACACUCCUGCAGCCUGUACAGGAAUACUGAUCUAAAAAUAUAAAUACUGUAAAACUUUUCUAUUGUUCAAAUUCAAGUGGAAAUCAAGUCGCAUUUAUUUAGUAAAUGUCACAGAUGUUUCCUGUGUAAAAAAAAAACAAAAAAACCUAGGCCCGCUUACACACGAGACGAUUUUCAAAUCUGAAUUUGAAUUUACAGAUUUUAAAAAUGUGGAGUACUGCAGACAUGAGGACAGCUUCUCCUCAUUAUCAACAUAAUCCUCUGAGCACACUCACUGAAUAAUCCUGCCAGACUGUGAGAACACACACCUGUCGUUUAUAGAAACGAUUCCACAGACGUGAGAUCUCACAGACACUUAGAAAACAAAAAAAAAACAAAUAUGGAGGAAGAUCAACAUCACUCGUGUUGUUGCCGUAUUUCCAUAAGCUGCUUUUUUUUAUUUACAAUAUUCCACUUGGCCGGGGGUAAAGUUGUGUUUAUGUUUGCUGACUUAUGUUUGUGAGCUGUUAAAGUCACAACAUCCGGUUGGGGACGCUCCCCGGUCUGCUCUCUCAUUGGCUCUUGCAGGGAUUCCGUCGGAAGCAGCCCGAUCUGGAAAUGGAAAUGUCAAACACGUUUCAUGUUUGCAAUACGAGAUCGAUAAGGCUCUGACUGGAUUGGGAGCAGUAGAAUAAUCAGGCUUAAAAUUGUCCAGUGUGCAGCCAGUCUUCUUGUGAUGCAGGAUAAUAGAAAUAAGAAAACUACAAAAAUGUCGCUCAAUCAAAGACCACAAAGAGACUCGGUGAUCGUCGGGUUUCAGGAACCCUGGCGGCUCUGAGAUCUGUUUCUAAACUGGCCUUGAUUCAUGUCCACUUGUAGUCCUAAAGGCUCAUUCUUCUAUUUCUAUUUUUUUUAAAUUCCUAUUAGUUUUAUAUUUUUAAGUUUUAUUUUUGAAUAAAGACGUAUAGAUACAGGAAAGUUUGCAGAUUGCUCCGGUAGAUUUCUUCAGUGAAACAGGCUGUAAGAGCUGCAGUGUACAUCCACUAAAGGUUUUUGUCGCUGACGGGCUCAGGUUGUUGUUUUAAGAGUCUGACAAACUUACAGAAAGGAUCUCUACAUAGGUAGACCUUUUAGUGAAAGAAACAGCUGUUACAUCACUCUGUUUCAAAGCCGCCAACCUCUAUUGACCAAAGCAGAAGUUUGAGUUGAUCAUCCUUAAUGUGUUCGUUAUUAUGGGAUGUUUGGUUCAGAUUCAAUACAUCUUAAGAGCGAGGUGGUCACAGCAGCAUGUGGGUAACCAUGAGGUCUGGUGACCUUAAAGAGAGCAUUUUAACACUGUCUGUGGUUUAAAGAAAGAAAACAUUUCAUUCUAACCAAAAAGCUCUUUCUCCUUUCUGUAAUGAUGUCUGACACUCAGAAUAACAAUGUCAGCCUGUCAGUGGCAAAAUCAGACAUUUUUAGUGGACAUACUUCAGCUGAGGGGGCUGCACGGUGAUGCAGUGAUAAGCACUGUCGCCUCUGACAGGAGCCUCUCUGUGAGGAGUUUGCAUGUUCUCCCUGUGCAUGUGUGAUCUCCCUCCGGCUUCCUCCCACAGUCCAAAGACAUGCUCGUUAGGUUAACUGGUGACUCCAAAAAGUCUGUAGGUGUGAGUGUGAGUGUGGCUGGUUGUCUCUCUCUAUAUGUCUGCCCUGUGAUUGACUGGUGGGUGAAACUCUGCCUCUCACCUAAUGACAGCUGGGAUCAGCUCCAGCCCGCUGUGUCCCGAAAGGGAGAAGCGGUAUAGAUAAUGGAUGGAUGCAUGUAUGGAUACCUCAACUGAGCAAUUUGUCCCCGAGGAAACUGCAGCAACUACGGCCUGUUUGCUGCUGACGGCUGGAGCGAUCAGUUGGAGGAAUUCUUAAACUAUUUAGGCCAUUUAGACCCAUCAUGAAAAAAAUAUGUUUUUCAAAUCUGAUGUAAGGGAGUCAAACAUGGCAUCAGGGGUAAAUCUCCCCUCUGUAACAACGAGGAGUCACAAGAGUGAACAACUAUGACACAAACUGAUGUUUUACAGCUGAUUUCAGGACAUUACAUGUCUAUUUUUCUGCUUUGUGGCCAAAAAUCGAUAUAUGGACAGUUCUUAACUCUGUAUUUCCCAACAAUUAAAGUUACUUUUAGAUUUACAGCCAAAACCCAUGAAUGGUCAUAACACAAGGAAACUUCAAAUAACAUUUUACAGACUUUAUUUUUUUAUAGUUUUGUGUUUUUUUGUUUGUGUUUUGGGAGUUGGGGAGGGGGGCACUGACUCAUGACCUCCGUUUGUUUGAUAUUCUGGCUACAGCCCUGUUCUACCUGUGCUCACUUGUGUAUCUGCACCUGUUUUUCAGUCGUUCAUUUUAAGUGGUGAUGUAUGUGAAGACGUACAAGAAGGGUAGAGUAGAAGCACAGUGUGGUUCUCUGGUUUUAUGGCACCAUAAUUCUCUUAAUCACAUGUUGUUGGACGAAACAGUCAGCAUGAAACUACUGAAGAUGGCUCAAAGACAAACACCACGAUGCAGGAAAAUGUUUGUAAAAUGUUUUAGCUUGCCUGGUUUAAACGUUUAUUGUUUCAUGUCAUGACAAACAUCGACUGUGCUGCAUGAAUACGACCCAGUGAAUGCUCCGUCUCGAUCAUUGUACAUGUACAUCGGUAGCUUCAAACACAAAUGGUCUCAUAAAGCAUGGACGUCGUACUGUAUGAUACCAGGCCUGGGGUUAAACCUGCAGAGUUGAUGCUAACAUUAUCACGACGCACUAAGAUCCCCCAGCCCUCAGUGAAAAUGUCGGGUAAGGGUGAGGCUGAUGGACGAUGGUUCACAAGAUACAUAAAUGUAUAUUUUGUAUUUUUUAAAGUGUCUAUGUUCAGAACUUUUGACAAAUUUGUUUCUGUAUUGAUUGUCAUCUUAAUAAAAAAUGCUCUUUUAUUCACAA